GCAGCCAUUCACAGCCGCGGCUGUCAAUCAUCGGGUCCCAGCUGGUGAUUACUUGCCAGUGCCUGGUGAUUGCCGAGCAUCUCUGACAUAGGGAGAACUGUUUGUAAACAAAACAGUUCUCUCCCCUGUCAGCUCCAGCACAAUGUUUUGCAUGGCUGUGCGCAGCACAGCCAUUGAAAGACACAGACACAGUCCCCUAGUAAAACAGCACACAGUUAACCCUUUGAUCGCCCCACAUGUUAACCCCUUUCUGCCCAGUGCCAUUAGUCAGUGUCAGUGCUUUUUAUUAGCACUGAUCACUAUAUUGGUGUCAGUGGGGAUGUCAGUGACACCAAGUCAGUUCCCCCCAGUGUCAGAAUGUCCACCGCAGUCUAUAAGUCGCUGA